AUGUCGUCUUCAGUGGACUUGACUCGCCGCCAAAGUCACAAGACGACCCUGAAAUAUAUUCAAGCCAUGUCAACAAAGGGUCGGUGUAGGUCCAAUAUGCUGGGUCGGAUGAAAAAUGUAUCCGCGUUACCAAACUAUCAAGCAAGAGCUUCAAGUACAGCCACAUCCAGCCCUUUCGUGCUCAGGUCAAGACACGCGGACUUCAAAGCAAUCGAAGCAAGUCGGCCCACUUUCGACCCCUCGCUUCCAAUCAAAACAACACAAUCACCAUCACCAAACUGGAAAUACGGGCAGGCAUCACCCCAGAGCCUACCUACCACGUCAAUCAAUUCGCCAGCAGUCAAUUUCCCGUCAAGAACCCCAACACACAUCUCCAUCGACCCCUCAGCCCAACCCAUGAUAUCCAACUAUCAACUCCUCAUCUCCGCAAUCCCCCGCCCAAUAAGCCUCAUCAGCACCAUCUCCUCAACCGGAUCCAGAAAUCUCGCUCCAUUCUCCUACUUCCAAAUCGUCGACCACGACCCUCCAACCUUCAUAGUCGGCUUCUCCGCUCGGACGUCUCGUCUCAAGGAUACCAGACGGAAUUUGCUUGAGACAGGAGAAUGCGUGAUUAAUCUCGUGAGCGAGAAUAUAAUCCAUGCUGCAAACGCAACGUCGCUGGAUGUGCCGUAUGGGGUUUCAGAGUGGGAAUUGUCGGGUUUGAUACCUGCUAAGGGUGGAACUGUGGAGCCGGAGAGGGCUGAAGAGGCGGCGUUUAGUGUUGAGGGGAAGUUGUUGGAGAUGAAGGAGUUGGAUUAUCAUGGGAGGGCUGGGAGAGGGGAAGCGCUGGGUGGGCUGGCGAUUAUUGAGGGGACGAGGUUUUGGGUUAGGCAGGAGGCGAUGGGUCAGGAUGGGGAGGUUGAGCUGGAGAGGUUGAGGCCGCUUGUGCAGUUGGGUGGGAUAAGUUAUGGGAGGAUGGCGGAGACGUUUGAACUUCCUAGAGGGAGGCUGGAUCAGGAGCUGGAGAAAGAGAAUGGGUUGCGAGAAAUCCUAGAAAGAAGAAUAGAGUAG